CGUAGGUGAUCAGAUAGAUGAACCUAGAGCCGAUCCCAGAGGGCAUUGAGGAGGAGAUGUACGAUGGCGUGGCUGUCUCUUUAAUCUGUUGAUUAUGCUUUAUUUAAUUAACUUUAAUGCUUAUUACGUUUUCGGGCAAGAUCCCAAGUUGUUUGACUUUAAAAAGGCUUCCGCAUUAUUUUAAAUUACUCCGAUGGAUUUUUAUAUGUAUUGAUAGAACGUUUGUUUAAAAUUGUUUUGAAAAUGUUGUAUNAGCUUGGCAUCACCGAGCUCAUCCGCCAUGCCUCGGGCCGCCCCACCAUCCACUCCGCUAACCCCGAUGGCCGUCUUCUUCUCUACAUCGUCUCCCGGAUCAUCAAACCCAGGAAGCACGGCCACACCAUCAUGUCCGGUGAAGAUCUCAAGCUCAUCCAUGCGAUCAUGCACUCGGCCCCAAUCAAUUGGGCAAAGUUUGUCAUGAUCAACAUGACGAUUGCUGCGUCCACCGACCACGACCACCUCCUCCCGUACCCGUUCGUGGUGAUGGACAUCCUUGAACGGUUCAAGGUGACCACCACCGUUAGCCCACUCACAAAGGCCACGAAGAUUUGGGCGGUCAGCACCCAAACCUUCAAGAAGCGGUCGGACAACGCCGGACCUGCCACUGCCGUGCACCGGCGCCGUUCUGCUGCUGGCCCAGCCGAAGCCCAGGCACGGGCCAACCUUGCCUCCAUCGCCGACUCCCUCAAUCGGCUUCACUUCAAAGUUGACGGGAUGGAUGGCUACCUUGAGCGGCUCGACGAGGCUGUUCAACGCCAAGGGCACGCCAUGAACGCAUACUUCCAACGCGUUAUCUACGUCCCCCCACCGUACCAUGGCACGUUCUUUGGGCAAGUGUACGGUGACGAGGACGAAGAGGAUGGCUCCUACGCCCCGUCAAACUCCCCGGACGAGGACGAGUUCGACGACACUGUUGACGGUGAUGAGAUGGACGUCGGCGACGAGGAGGAAACCGAAGACGAAGACUAGGCCGCCCCUAGAAUUUCUAUCUCUUUUGUUUUAAUUAUCCUGUCUCUUAAUGCUUCCGUUGUACUCCGCUAUUUCCAAUCUUCAAUAAAUAAAAAUAAUCUUUUUGUUAAUGUCAAAAGGGGGAAGAAAAGGGAUAUGCAUAU